CUAACACAGAUAUCUGGAUCGAUAACAUCAUGAAACUGUUGAUCUUAGCGACGAUCAUUGGCGCCUGCACGGCAGCGCCUCAAAAUCAAUACUAUCCGCAGUACAGAACUCCUUAUUACCCAGCAAUAAGAACUCGAGGUGCAUAUGAAGGGAACGCCCAGAUCCUCAGAUCUAUAAACGAUCAAAAUGAAGCAGGAUACAGUUACGCCUACGAUACGGAAAAUGGCAUCCAAGUUGAGGAAACAGGUCGUGAGGCCAACGGUAUCCAGGCAGCUGGAGGUUACUCCUACACGGGAGACGACGGACAGGUGUACAGCGUGAGGUACACAGCUGAUGAGAACGGAUUUCAACCCCAAGGUGCUCAUCUGCCGACUCCACCUCCCAUUCCGGAAGCUAUUGCUAGAGCCCUUCAGCAGAAUGCUAGAGAUGAAGCUAAUGGCAUUUUUGACGAUGGAAGCUACAACGAAGGCAAAUACAACGGAGUGUUCCCUGCAAGAACCUACAACCCUUAUAACCCGUUUCAAGCUAGGCAGUACCAAGGCUUUAGACAGAGGUUUUAGUCUAUCUAUACAAUUGCCAAGAAACGUUAUUUGACCUAUGACUAUGAGAAUUGGUAUAUCUGAUUGUGUCAUCAAGCUGAAAAAUGGAAAGAUAUAUAUCACCGUGACAUUAUCAUAAGAAACUUCAAGGAAAGAUCUUGUAUCCAAUUUAUCUUCCGUUACCUUCAGCAAUCUGUUUAUGUAGUGGGCCGUUUUAAAUAGUAUUAAAACUACACCAAAUUUUCUGUCUGUUCAUUAUCUCAUGAUAGGCCAUAAUACACUGUGUUAAAUUUGCGUUUAUUGUUGAAUUUAAUCCUCCUCAAUAUAAUGCUACAAAUGAGGGUCCAGGCUAUAUGUUCUCGUUCGCCGUCUGACAUCUAUCUGAAACAAUUGCUCUCAAAUAAGUAAUUACUCGACCAAAAUUAAAAGACAAUGCCAAGUAUGAAGCUUUAUUCGCAUCACGUGUUUUUUUUUAUUUGGCCGUGUAUUCAUAUUUGACAAUAAUUGUUUCGGAUAGAUGUCACACGGC